AUGGAGGAGCUCCAGAGGAAACUGGACAAGAGGUAUGACAGCGAUCAGCUGUAUGACAGCAAACCCAGAAAGGUGAGGUUCAAGCUGGCCUCGUCGGUCAGCGGCAGAGUGCUGAAGCAUGUGUACGAGGAUGGCCAGGAGCUGGACAGCCCAGAGGAGAAAUACCCCCAUAGCUUCCACAGCCACAAGAUGCCCAGACACCUGGAGAUGGAGCAGCUCUGUGGCUUCCAGGACAUGCAGGACCAGGGUCUGUACCCCCCUACCGGACUGAUGGCCCAGAGGAUCAACGUCUACAGGGGGGGGGCUAACUACAGACCCUCUGCCCACAGCGAUACACCGGAGGGAGUCCCCAAUUCUUCAGUAUUGGACUUCGGAAAGAUAAUAAUCUACACCAGCAAUCUGCGGAUCAUCCGGGCCCCUCGGAGGGAAAAAGGAACGGGGCGACAUCCUCAGACCCCGGGGGGAGUGGACGAGUACUCACAGGGGCGUAUCAGAGGGGGCAAGAGGAGGCCCAACGCCCUCUGUGCUCACGGGGAGGAGCAGAGCACACAUCCACAGGACGGGGAGGAGCAGAGCACCCAUCGACAGGACGGGCAGGAUGCAGUGUCUGACUGCCAGCAUUGUGGAGGUUCGGGCAGUGCCCCCUGCUCUCUAUGCCAUGGCAGUAAGCUGUCCAUGCUGGCCAACCGCUUCAAUGAGUCUAUCAGUGUGCUGCGAUGCCAGGCCUGCUACCCUGAUGGACUGGAGAGGUGCCAGUCCUGUUCCAAAUAACACCAACCACUGGCUGUGUGUGUGCCCAUUGUCUCUCCUGAUGUAAUAGCACUGUAAUAUAAAAUGGU